AUGGGAGGCCUGCGUCGUCUAACUUUAAAUAACAACCAACGAAUCGGUAACCAAGGAUCCAAGUUACUUUGCGAGGUACUACGAGAUGACCACUGGAUGAAGGCUAUUGACCUUCAAAACUGUGGUCUCGGAGAUACAGCUGGUCAAGUGUGGUUGGAUCUCCUCAAAGCACCGGAUAUUUGUGAGAAGACAUCGAAAAGUGGAAAGGAUGAAUCCGAAGAGCAUUAUGGAAACCGCACACUGGGAAUUGUUGAUUUAAGAAACAAUACGAAUUUGGAUCGUAAUCUACUUCGGGCGGUGACGGAGCGUGUCUUAAAAAAUGCUUGCGGAAAACAAUUGGAGUUCAAUUGGCUGCAAGUACGGAGUGAACUAGUCAAUGAUGGUCAAGUUACAGAUUGGCCUGGAAUGAAGGGUGUCGUGAGGAAGGACUUAGAUACUCCAACAGCGCCUCGACGCGUAUCUACAACCAAUCCUGACUAUCAACCAAAAUCCUUUCCACCCCCAAAGCAAAUACACCGUCCAAGUUUUAAGCCUGCGGGUGGGUCCCUCGCUCGAACUCGAAGUUUGCCACGUAGCAACAAACCUCAAUCUUCUUUACGACGUAAUAAGCUAAGAAAAGCCCAAUCGUCAACCGUUUUGUCUCAGGACUCUUUCCAAAGGACCCGAGAAAGAAGUUUCACAGAUGCUAAACUUAAUGGCGAUGAGAACUCCCAAAGCAGUCUCGUAAGUUUCGACGACAUUUCAGAUAGCCCUGUGAUUCGAGGAGUUCCCUGGCGAACGGCAGCUCGAGCCAAGGGAAGAUCACUCAGGAUUUGA